AUGUGCAGCAGCAAGCUGCAGACAAGUUUGCUGGUGGUCGGCUACUUUGUCUACCUGCUGGUAGGUGCAGCCGUGUUCCAGGCACUGGAGAAGACUGCUGAGAAGCAGGAGAAAAUAGCAGCUGCCCAGAUGAGGGAAGCUUUUCUGCAGAACUUCACCCAUCUCACGGUGGCAGAGAUGGAGCAGUUCAUGAAGAACCUGACUGAAGCCAUUCAGAAUGGAGUUUACCCUGUUGGAAAUGAAUCACAGAUUGAAGACAGCAACUGGGAUUUCAGUAACUCCUUCUUCUUUGCAGGCACGGUCGUCUCCACGAUAGGCUAUGGCACGCUACAUCCUAAAACUGCUGGGGGCCAGAUCUUCUGUGUCUUUUUCGCUCUGUUUGGAAUCCCAUUGAAUAUUGUUUUUCUGCACCGUGUUGGUAAGAUGCUCUCACUGCUGUGUAAAAAGCUGGGGAAAUUCCUGUAUGAGAAAGGAAUGAGAAAGAAGAAGAUCAAAUUUCUGACGCUUUUGUUCUUCCUGGCAACGGGGAUCCUUGUUUUUCUGUGCUUGCCAUCACUCUUCUUCCAGAUAACAGAGGGCUGGUCCUACAGUGAAGGAAUUUACUUUGCAUUUAUCACCCUUAGCACCAUUGGCUUUGGAGAUUAUGUCGUAG